AUGGAAGGAUUCCCGGAAGAAGAGGGUUUAGAAGGCAAGAAACCUCAUCGUCCAGAGUUGAAUUACAUCCAGCAUAAUUUUGGCUCUGAUCCAGCUAUUCAUCUGGAACUUUUAGGUCAGCACCCAAGCCUGGGAACCAAAGGUGUCCAAACAGUUCAGAACUGUAAAUCAUGCAGCUUGGUUGAAAGAUCUGACCUAGGGAGUGUCCCAUCACACAAAUGGUCCAUGCAAGUCCCAUCAGAUGUGACAGGGGAAGCCGGCGGGGGAGUCGUCCUACUUUGCACCUUCACCCACCCCCACAAAUAUUACGAUGGCAUGAUCACAGUCAUCUGGAGGAUUCGGGAGCCCUACAAUGGGAGCCAAGUGUUCCGCUGUGUAGUUCACAGCUCCAGUGACCAUUGCCAGACCGCUGUCAGCUACAAGGGCAAGUACAAACUGCUUGGCAACCCACGACACAACAACAUCUCUAUCAGGAUUGAUAACUUGACGUGGGCUGAUGGCAACCGGUAUUUCUGCCGGGUAGAAUUUGCUGGAGACAUCCAUGAUCGCUAUGAGAGCAGAAGUGGAAUCCGGCUGCACGUGAUUGCUGCUCCCAGGAUUGUCAACAUCACUGUGCUACCAGGCCCUGACCACGUUUUCAGUGCCCGAUGCACCGCAGAAGGGGAGCCCCUGCCCUCCCUCAUCUGGAGUGGUCCCAGUGCUGGCAACAGCACCUCCACCUACAGCCAGAGUCAUCAGAUCACCAAGGAGCUCCAUGCUCUGGCCCAGGACGGCCGUUACACCUGCACCGCCUUCAACAGCCUAGGCAAGGCUGAGGGCAGUGUCUACUUCUACAAGUUCCGAGCAGCGAGUGACCCAUCAGUACUUCUGACCCUCCUCUUUGCCCUGGGAAUCAAACUCUUCCUGCUGCUGGUGAUUCUGGGGGCCGUGGUGUACCAAAGCAAAGUGCAUUCAACAGCCCAAGAGACCCUGUCACGGCCCCAGGUUCAGGAAUCCAAUUAUGAAAACUUGAACCACGGCAACAAUCGGGCCCCACCAGCAACUGCUGCCACACAAUAAUGAAAAGCUAUAAAGCUGCAGCCUCUGAAAGAUGAAUCAGCCAUGUGGCAAGUGACUCACUUCCUCCUUUCUUUGGAUCUCAGAGCAAAAACCCAGUCCCUGAAUUCAGCAACCUACAGCCCAGGGAAGCAGUCUAGUCAUCCCAGCCCCCACUUGAUUGACCCUCAACUACAAGAUCACUCACACGAAUUCAGAGAUUAACAGGGAAAUCAGAGCAGUAUGUAA